GCUGGCUUAAGACCAGCUGGGCUGUCCCACCCAUUUCACUGGGACAAGGCGUCGACGCGACCUGGCAUAUGGUCGUUGCACUUGUCGAGUUACGCCCACGGAGCGCAGUCCAGGACCUGGACGAUUAUGCGGCUCACCUCUGCGGCCCCAGCGACACAUUGAUCGCUCAUCACGCUCGCUGUCAACGUCGUGGCCGAGUGUGCAGAGAGCCUUGGUGCGUCUGGCGGGUUCUAAGGCAAGAAGCCCGGCCAGUCCACGCUCGGCGUCUUUUCCAUGGCCAAGCGUGUUUAAACGGCUCCGCGUGCAAGGAAGACCAGUUCGAGUACGUGGAGCAGUGCGAGUUCUGCGGCGCCCUUGAAUAGCCACCAUGGCUCAGGCGGAGAUCCUGCCCAUCGACACGAUCCAGGAACUGCUGGAGUUCCGGGAACCACCGCUCUUCUCCGUGGAACCCCUUCGUGAAGUGAAGCGAGGGGAACCGAACGCACCGAGGACCAUGUUCUGUCACGACAUGAUGGGCGGCUACCUCGAGGACCGGUUUAUCCACGGAUGCAACAAGUUCAACAGCUACCGGUUCCACCACUGGCAGGUGAUCGACAGCUUCGUCUAUUACUCGCACCACCUGAUCACCAUCCCCCCUCGAGGUUGGAUCUCGGCUGGUCACACACAUGGCGUCAAAGUCUUGGGCACACUUAGUGCGGAGUCCAACGCGGGCACCCGGUUCUUCAGCAAAAUCAGGGGCGGCAAACUGGAGCAUCAGGUUGCGACUCAGCUGGCCCGCAUCGCUGCCCUCUACAGGUUCGACGGAUGGCUCGUCAGCGUUUCCUGCAAGCUGGAUACGUGCUGCAUGUCAUUCAUGAAAGCCUUCCUCCGCUUGUUGACGGAAGAGACGCACAGCGCCGUUCCUGGUUCCAUGGUCAUCUGGUACGACAGCAUCACGCGAGGCGGCAAGUUAUGCAAACAGAACAAGCUCAACUGCAAGAACCAUGUGUUCUUCGAUCUGUGCGACGGCAUCUUCCUCAACUGCGAGUGGAACGAAGAGAUGCUCGAGUACUCGGCGAGGUUUGCCCGCGACCGAAAGAGCGACGUCUACGUCGGCAUCGACGUGUUCGCGAGGCGCACGAACUACGCCGGAGGCUUUGAAACGCGUGAGGCCGUCGCGCAGGCUCGCAAGCACGGCUUGUCGGCUGCCAUCUUCGCCGCCGGUUGGGUCUACGAAAAACAGGACAAGAGCAAGUUCGUGGAUAACCAAUGUCGGUUUUGGGACUUUCCCGACGAGCUGUGUAACGACUGGCGCGUGGUUACGUUACCGCUGAAGACCAGUUUCUGUCAGGGAUUCGGAGAAAAACUGUACGAGGCUGGCGAGGUUGUGUCUACCACGCCGUGGUACAACCUGGCCAAGCAGCAGCUGCAGCCUCGCGACCAGGGCACGGCAGUGUGCUCCGGCUGCGGCUCAGCGACCGUGACCACGACCAGCGCCUACAACGGCGGCGGGUGCCUGCGCCUGCAGUUUGAACCUAACGAUGCGGACGUCAGGCCUUACUUCAGGUUGUUUGGAUGCGACGUACCACUGGGCGCCCUUUACAUUAUGUACGCGAUCGAGCCUGAUGGCGUCGAUCUCGUCGGAUGCGACUUUGCGAUCGUGCUGACGGUGCGCAGUGCGGAGGGCGAGACAGGGGAGAUUCGUCUCGGUUUCAGCGCCGCAGUGCCUGACGAGCAGAUAUACUGUGCUGCGCGCGUCGACAGCUGCACCUCCUUCGCCGGAGAUGACAUUUCCGCAUCUCGCUGGAUCACCAGGAUCUACAACGUGUGGGAUCUGAGCGGCAAUGCGAAGCUCCAAGAGAUCGGCGCUGCCUUCGAGUCGCGCCACGCCAGCUGUUGCCUGCUGGGUGAGCUCGUCGUCGAGCUGCUGGAUCAAGUCAGGGACAAGGUUGAGGAAGACAACGACGAAGGGCUCGAGACGACGAUCAAUUACGACAACGAUGACGACGACGACGGGCAACCGAAGGCGAAGAUCAUGCGCCUUUGAAAGCCCUGCAGCAGCGCGAGAUAUAGCACGACGACGCAGUUCUAAAAGAA